CGCUCGUCUGCUCGAGUCAGUUGAACACAAGCAUUCGAAGCGAAAGCAUCUACUACUUAGCACUACCGUGCAAAAACCUCUAAUCUUUACCUCUCUCGUUUGAGAAGUAUACAUCGAUUUCACGAUCUAUUGAAUUUUUUGUCAAAGACAAACAGAAAUCAUGUCUCUAGUACCACUUCUAUUCUCUGACUGGUGGCAAGACUUGGAGCGCCCACACCGCAUCCUUGACCAGGACUUCGGUCUAGGUCUGCGCCCCGAACAGCUUUUGGCCCCGAGCGUCUUGGAAAGUUACAUCGUUCCUCGUGAGAGAAGACGCAGCCCGUUGACCAUGAUGUACUACAGACCCUGGAGCGAGCUCAUGCGUCAAGGAGAAGGCGGUGGCACUUCCACAGUCAAAGCCGACAAGGACAAGUUCCAGGUCGUUUUGGACGUACAGCAGUUCAAGCCCGAGGAGAUCAACGUCAAAGUCGUCGACAAGUUUGUCGUCGUCGAAGGCAAACACGAGGAAAAACAAGACGAGCACGGCUCCAUUUCUCGCCACUUCGUACGCAAAUACCUUAUACCAGAACAAUGUGAUGUGGACCAAGUCAGUUCUAGUCUCUCUUCUGAUGGUGUCCUCAGCAUCACAGCCCCACGCAAAGAGCAACCAAAGACCAACAACGAAAAAGUAGUCAAAAUUGAACACACUGGUAAACCAGCUAUUCGUGAGAACAGUGAGGAGAAGAAGCCUGUAGAGAAGAAAAAAGAGGAAACAGCUGAAAAGAAAAAAUAAGUGUAGUUUGCAUUUUCUGACGCUAAGAUUAAGGACUUUGAUUUAAGUUUUCAUGUAAUAAUAUUAAUGUUAGUUUCAUCGUUCACGACAUAAGAUAUAAAUUCAAUUUGUACCAGUGUUUACGAAGCUUGUAAUUGUUCCUAAGUAAAAGUAAAAGUCAUUAUAAAAUCAA